AGAGGAAUCACAACUUUUUCGAUGACUAACAACACUCUACUCAAAACUUGAUUAAAAGCUUACCUGCCUACCCCAAUUUAUGUAGACAAUAUUAUUUUCAAGUUUCUAUGGAUAUGAAUACCCCAGAGAUUGGAGUUGAUGGCCUCUUUGGUAAAAUGAGUUGAUGGCAAAUGAUCUUGAAGCAUGGAGAGCAUGGGAGAGUGCCAAAAAGAGGUGAGCAGUCUCUGCAUUGCCAAAACCUCCACCCUGGACUCAGGAACAGAGGGCCUUCCAGUCCAGGGCAAUAGGUUUCGAUAUUUGAACCCCUCUGCGACUUCCACCAACACUUUCCUGCAUGGAGAGGACAUUGUUUUGGAGAGAUGUCGUGUCCCAAAGUGCUGCAACUCCAGAGUACAUUGCCCGUUCUGUGAUGUUCAACAUUUCAAACCCUCUCUCCCAGCCAGGGUGCGAGACCACCUCAAUAAGUCACAUUUUCAACAUGCAGUGUAUUUUCAAGAUCUGAUGAUUGUCAAGUGUUUCAAGAGAUGCAGUCAUUCAGCUGGCCACUACCACUGCCCUCUGUGUGCGGCCGAGCUGCUGAAGCGAGUCGCCUUCUCACGCCAUCUGGCUUCUCACGCAAAGAAACUUGGCUACGCUCCAGGUGCUGUGAAGGCGCCAGACCACAAGCAGCCGGAUAAUUUUCUUUGUGGAGGUGUGGAGCUGUCUGUUUGUAAGCUGGCCUGUCCUCCCUGGGAGGACAAACACUACCACUGUCCCCACUGUGCCCGCAAGUCCUUCCAGGACUUCUCUCUGCUCAUCAGCCACGUGUGGCGUUGCCAAGGCGCCAGAGGUAAACAAACGACGGUGCUGAGCACGGGGGAAACACUACGGGACUUGCUGGAUCCGAGGCUGGUACAGUCUACACAGCCUGCCGUCGAUGUGGUAGGAUUUAAGGUAAUGCUAAGGGAAUGGUUAGGUAGUGGUAAGGGAAUGGUAAGGUAGUGGAAAGGGAAUGGUAAGGUAGAGGUAAGGGAAUGGUAAGAUAGAGGUAAGGUAGUGGUAAGGGAAUGGUAAGGUAGUGGAAAGGGAAUGGUAAGGUAGAGGUAAGGGAAUUGUAAGGUAGAGGUAAGGGAAUGGUAAGGUAGAGGUAAGGUAGUGGAAAAGGAAUGGUAAGGAAAUGGUAUGAAAAUGUGAAUGAGUAGGUACAAUGAUAUUUCAAUAGGUCUAUUAGAGAAUAUGAAUAACAAUGUCUAUUUGUUAGAGUUUUAUUUAAUUUAUCAGUGUUUUUUCCCCACCUUGCUUUUUUCACCUAUUCUAGCGUUCCCCCCCACCUAGGCUGUCCUUGGGGGUGGGACACAUAACUUUUUCUUUUUCACUCUCCUAACAGCCUACCUCCUAUAUGAUA